UGUGCGCGCUCCUCCGACUCCGCUCAGGAUUCGGAGCGACGCCUCGAUCGCCGUUGCACGCGCGUGCGCGCGACCCCGGGGAGAAUUCGCGACUCGAGUUCCACAACGGAGAGACCGGGGGGGGGCAGGAGCACGGCGCUUUGCCGCGUGACGUCGGUAAGGGAACCAGAUAGAGCGAGCGAGAGAGGGAGAAAGAUAGGGGGGGGGGGCAGCGAGACGAUAGAGACAAAGAAGACGUCGUGGGAAGAGUUUGGGGAGAGCGUGAGUCCCGUGCGUGGCCUCUCAAGCUCCAACGGAUCGCGCGGUAGCGCAGCGCAACCCAUGGAGGUGAGAGACGUGAGGCUCGUGAUGGAGUCGCCGGCCAGCUCUCCGCUCUCGCCGCUCUCCAGCCCUCUCCCCAGCGAGGAGGACCCCGGGGAGAGGCCGGCGAGCAGGCGAGGAUCCCGCAAGCGACGCUCGACCAUCACCGAGGGCGGCGCGGGCGGCGGGAAGCGAGGGAAGCGAGGAGGAGGAGGAGGCGGCGGCGGUGGCAUUGGCGUCUCGGGAGGAGCGGGUUGCGGUAGCGGAGUGGUGAGCGGUGCGGGUAGCGGAGCUGCGGGCAGCGAGGGCAGCCCCUUGUCGGGCGAGGAGAUGCAGCAGCAGCGCUUCAUCGCGAACGUGCGCGAGCGGCAGCGCACGCAGUCUCUGAACGAGGCGUUCUCGUCCCUGCGCCAAAUCAUCCCGACGCUGCCCUCGGACAAACUGAGCAAAAUCCAGACGCUGAAGCUGGCGACGCGCUACAUCGACUUCCUCUACCAGGUGCUGCAGAGCGACGACGAAGGCGGCAACGGAGGAGGAGGCGGCAACGGAGGAGGAGGAGGCGGAGGCGCCGACGCCAGGCUCAGCGCCGCGUGCAGCUACGUGGCGCAGGAGCGGCUGAGCUACGCGUUCUCCGUGUGGCGCAUGGAGGGCGCGUGGUCGCUCUCCGCCUCGCAUUGACACGCCGCCCCGCGUGGAGGAGUGGAACUCUCUGGUUGGUUCGUGGCAAGGGAUUGAGUCGCGGCCACGUGUGGAGGAGAGGGAGAGAGGACGAACUGAGACCUCGCUUUCAAUGGCUCGCGUGAACUCACCCUUCUCGGACUCGAUGCUGCUUCGCGUGAACGCACCCCCCCGCCCGCCCGCCGGCGCCCCCCCCCCCCCCACCUCUAGGGCCCGGCUCCUGACCCGCGGUUUGCGCGUGACCUGAUUGCGCGUGACCUCGCAACGGCAUCUGGAACUCCGGAAUUCCAGAUCGACCGAGCUAGUCGCGGCCAAGGUGUGGAGUGGACGAACUGAUUAUCCCCCCACACCCACCCAACCAACCAACCCCCGCCGUUCACUGGAAACAAAACAACAACAUUUUUUUUAAAUAAUUUUUUUGUUCAGAGCGGAAACAAACAAACCAAAAAAAACUCUGCCGAGCAAACGCGUCGCGUAUUUAUGUAAACUCGGGUGAGGUAUGGAGGCUCGGCCACACAAGGAACCAGUCUCGUGAUCGCGCGAAUGAGUCCGAUUUAAACACAUCUUUUGUUCAACCGCAUUUCCUGGGAAAUAUAUAUUAGUAAAUCUUUAUUGUUCUCUUCACUCCUAUGUUACCUGUAAGCUUAAAUACGAACUAGACCAAGCAAAGUAUAUAUGUAUAAUGUGUGUGUGUGUACGCUAUCUCACGCCUGCUGUACGCGUUGUAAUUUAUUGGGGGGGGAAGCUCUGGGCUUGGAACCCCAGUCUCUCGUCUGCUCUGCUGUCUAGUGAUUCCGGCUUGCGGUGAUUCCGGCUCGCGGUGAUUCCGGCUCGCGGUGAUUCCGGCUCACGGUGAUUCCGGCUCGCGGUGAUUCCGGCUCGCGGUAAUUCCGGCUCGCGGUGAUUCCGGCUUGCGGUGAUUCCGGCUUGCGGUGAUUCCGGCUCGCGGUGAUUCCGGCUUGCAGUGAUUCCGACUCACAUGGGGGGAGGGAGUGGGUACUCUGUAGAGGAACCCAGAGUCUCUGAGUCCCGACUGCCAGGUGCUCUCUCUCUCUCUCUCGAUCCCGUUCGCGUUAAUUGUCUUGCGCAGUGCUACCAAGCGUUCAAUAUUCGUGGGAUAUCGAACAACAACAAAAAUGAAACAAAUGAAAUCCUCUCGAGUACGAAAUUGCAAAUGAAUGUGUUGGGGUUUUUUUUUUCCAGUGUUAUUAUUGUCGUCGUCAUUUUUUGUAAUCGUUGUUGUUGUAUUACGCAUUCUUGGUCAAGCCUAUGUUUACAUACAAAUAUAUAUACAUCUACAUUUCACUGAGCAUGUGCUGUGUGCCGCUACGUACGUUCACACGCACGUAUUGUAAACUGCAUUACGGACUGUCUGUUCUGUGUGCGCGCGCGCGUAUUGUUGGAGCGGUGAAUGCAGUGGUUCAGCGUAUUGCGCCGCGAAGCAAGCCCACCUGAGUUCGAUUUCCAGCCACGACUAACAUCAGUGUUAAGUGAGUUAGAACUUAUCCCGGGCCUCCCCUAAGUCGACUCAGCCUUAAAUUAGUACCUGGUGCGGCGCGUAAACAUCAGCAGUGCGGAGACAAAGGCGUCCGGGCGUGGUCGGUGCUCGCUAACAGCGCUUGCGCCAACAAUCUGUUCAGAGCAGUGCGAGGAUUCUAACGUGUGUGUGUGUAUAUGUUUGUGUGUGUAUAUAUGUGUGUGUGUGAGGAGCGAUAGUGUAGAGCUUACCGCGCUGCGCUACGAGCCCGACCCGAAUUUAAUUCUCGCUCAAAGCCGAACACCAGUGACGAUUACCGAAACCAGUCCUAGGUAUCCCCUAGGUCGACUCAGCCUCAAAUGAGUACCUGGUGCGGUGUGCAAACAUCGCUUCUCGCGAGACAAAGGUCGUGGUGCUGGCCACCCACCCCCUCGUGUGCCGUGCCGGCCUUCGUAGGUGCUCGCUCACAGCACUUGCCCCAACAGUCUGUUAAGGCUAUACGGGGGAGCUGUGUCUCUAUGCGUACACGCAGGGUGGCGUAGACCGGCGUGCGUCAGCACUAACCUCGUGGCGUCCACGGGCAGAUGUCUGCCUUUUAAGAUCACGCGUCGUGUCAGCGAGAGAGAUGAGACCCUUUGAAGUAUGUUGCCUUUUUUUAUAAUCUCUCUUCGCUGCCGCCCGAUGCCAUGUGUCAGUAAAUACGCGGCGUGCGACCUCUCCACACGGACCCAUCCACGCAGGAGCAGCAGUGGCGCGGUGAAUGUGGGCAGUACAGCAAAUGAGGUUUGCGAGCCCCGUCUCUGCGGACCUCUGAGUAACACUAACCUUGUUUUUCUUUUCAUACGAAAGGUCACAUGAACUGGUUUAUGUGCAAAACCAUUUUUUUUUACUAAACCGCCCACAGUCGGAUUCUAGGAAGCUACGAAGCCGGAUCGAUUCGCUACGGCAGUGGUGGCGCUAAGGCAAAAGCAAAACUAAGCAAUGGUUUACUGCUCCCAGGAAGAUGAAGAGGCACUAUUGAACUAUACAUUGAAAAAACAACAUUCUAAAAUCAUUAAAAUAAUUAUAAUCAGCCCCUUCACUUAAUUCGUUCACAAGCCUAAACACGAUUACAUUCUGAUUUAAAGCUCUCGUGACUGCAGGGAUUCAUAUUAUUGGUUCUUUCCGUAAAGUCAUAAUAAUAAAAAUAUAAAACAAUAACAUGAAAUAUAUUGUUUUAUAUUUUUAUUAUUUUAUUGUUUCCCUUCUACGUGACUUUACCGAAAGAACCAAUAAUACGAUUCAAUUCGUUCAACCUUUUGCAUAGUGUUUGUUGUCACGUGACACAAUUCCCACUUUUUCGUUCUCUCUCUUAGCAACAACGAAUGGGCUGGGUGCCACCGCUUGUUGGGUUGGAACUUGGACGGGGGUCAUUGAAGGGGGGGGGGGGGGGGGGGGGGGGUGCUGUCUGGGUGUCGUCGGGACUGCGAGGUCGUGUGGCUAGGAUUGAGCGUCACCCUCUCGCGUAGAGAGGGCGCGGAUUGCUGAGCUUGCUCCGGGGAUCUCUACUUUCCUCCGGCGUGAAGGAUAAAAAAAAACUCUCCUUUAGAUGAUGCCAUUGACUAACAACAUCCCCCCCCCCCCCCGCCCAAUGUAGCAAGGACCCUCCUGGGAAAUUCUCCAGAAUCAUUGGAGCUUUCCGCGAAUAAAUUAUUGGCAUCAAAACGAGGUUAGAAGGGAUGAUGUACUUCCUGUACACAAAGAGAGAGGCGGUGUAUGAGGUGCGACGUGUACAGGAAAGAACAUCAUCACCUUUAACCUCAACGAGAAGCAGUGCAGUCAUAUUUUAAACGGUUUAGGUACGAAAAAUAUAAUAAAACGCGUCCGUUUAAACAGUCUUUACAUUUCACGCGCAAUCCCGUCUCGUGAUUGGCGUUGCUGGGUUUUGUCUCUGCACUACUGCGCCUUCCUUCCAACACGAAGCAACAACAACAACAACAAAACACACAUCCAUUCGCUUGCAAGGGAAAAUCGACGACGCGUCUCAAUAAAGGUGUAAGCAGGGCCCUCCUGAACAAGACGAAGACGCGCAAGACGUACGGAGGACCGUCACUGAGACCGUCGAAAUAACGCGGCACAUUUCACGAAAGGCGUGCUGGGGACUUGAUGGAGAUUUAUUUAAAUGACGACGAGAGCGGAACGAGGCCGUUGUUCGCUGAACUGGCCCAACGCGCGUGCGCGUCUCGCGCGUUCAGCGACUCGGAACCACGUGCACGCGCGCAGAGUUUCACUUCGAUGUCAUUCUUUUCUCGGAACGCUGCUUUUUUUUGCAAGGCUGCCCUGGCUCUGAGGAUUGUCGGCGUAAGGCACUACCACGAGAGUGCAAGGUACACCAGACAGUGUUCAUAAUGCUCGGAUAUAACUGCAAUCCUGUUAUGUUCGUAUGAGCGCAGGAGGGCAACGUGACGAUAACAGCAUGGGGCGACAUGGGUGUGGCUGCGUGGCAAGGUGAUGGUCGGAAACAACGUAUGAACAACGUUCGUUUCUGCGCUGCGUCUCUGGCUGAACGAAGCCGCGUGUUGUGUAUACGAAGCCGCGUGUUGUGUAUACGAAGCCGCGUGUUGUGUAUACGAAGUCGCGGGUUGUGUAUACGAGUCGCGUGUUGUGUAUACGAAGCCGCGUGUUGUGUAUACGAAGCCGCGUGUUGUGUAUACGAGUCGCGUGUUGUGUAUACGAAGCCGCGUAUUGUGUAUACGAGUCGCGUGUUGUGUAUACGAAGCCGCGUGUUGUGUAUACGAGUCGCGUGUUGUGUAUACGAGCCGCGUGUUGUGUAUACGAAGCCGCGUGUUGUGUAUACGAAGCCGCGUAUUGUGUAUACGAAGCCGCGUGUUGUGCAUACGAGUCGCGUGUUGUGUAUACGAGUCGCGUGUUGUGUAUACGAAGCCGCGUGUUGUGUAUACGAGUCGCGUGUUGUGUAUACGAAGCCGCGUGUUGUGUAUACGAAUCGCGUGUUGUGUAUACGAGCCGCGUGUUGUGUAUACGAGUCGCGUGUUGUGUAUACGAGCCGCGUGUUGUGUAUACGAGUCGCGUGUUGUGUAUACGAGUCGGCCAGCGCGCGUGCGUGCGAGAAACCCAGAUGAACUUUAUAUAUAAAACAAAAAUCUAUCUCCGUGAAA